AUCGCCACACGACCCUGUGAAAUUCGCAAAGUCGCUCCCUUCGUACGUGAAUUGCCUGGCUGAUUCUUUUUGCUCCCCUCCCCGCCUAUUUCUCCCUCCCACCGCCCCCCAUUCCUCCACGUGCUUUCUUUUCCAUUCACGCUCGCCCACGUGGCCUCCACGUGAUCCGCCAGCCGCCACACGAGUCGUUCGUCGUUAAUCGCCGAACUUAGCCGUUUUUCUAUUUUCGAGAUGGCGGCACCGAUGGCAAGGCUUGGGCGGCGCGUUGUCUCCCGCGCAGCACCGUGGCUGGCGGAGGCUUCCCCCCUUGGCGGCGCUGGCUCUGCCACGCGACAGCUUUCGAGCGUCGCUGGCGGCGCUGCGACGGCGGAGGGCCAUGCGACGUCGAGCGAGUUGAUUGCGAUGGAGGAGAAGAGCAGCGCGCACAACUACCAUCCGCUGCCCGUGGUUUUCGCGGAGGCGCACGGCGCGCGCAUCACGGACCCCGAGGGGCGGCAGUACCUCGACUUCCUCUCCGCCUACUCCGCCGUCAACCAGGGCCACGGCAACGCGCACAUCCUGGCGGCGUUGCAGCAGCAGGCGGCGCGCUGCACGCUGUCGUCACGCGCCUUCCACAACGACCGCUUCCCGCUGUUCGCGCGGCGCGUGACGCAGCUGCUGGGGUACGACAAGGUGCUGCCCAUGAACACCGGCGCCGAGGGCGUCGAGACCGCGCUCAAACUCGCGCGCAAGUGGGCCUACGAGAAGAAGGGCGUGCCCGCCGACCAGGCGCUCAUCAUCUCGUGCUGCGGGUGCUUCCACGGGCGCACCCUAGCAGCCAUCAGCAUGUCGUGCGACAACGACGCCACCAGGGGCUUCGGCCCGCUGCUGCCGGGCAUGCUCAAGGUCGACUUCGGGGACGUGGCGGGCUUGAAGCGCCUGCUGGACGAGCACGGCCCCCGCGUGGCGGCGUUCAUAGUGGAGCCAAUUCAGGGCGAGGCGGGCGUGGUGGUGCCGCCCGAAGGGUACCUGCGGGCGGCGAGGGAGCUGUGCUCGGCGCACAAUGUGCUGCUGGUGGCGGACGAGAUCCAGACGGGGCUCGCCCGCACCGGCAGGAUGCUCGCCUGCGACCAUGAGGGCGUGCGCCCCGACGUGCUGAUCCUGGGCAAGGCGCUGGGCGGGGGCGUGGUGCCAGUGAGCGCAGUGCUGGCGGACGACCAUGUCAUGGGGUGCAUCCGACCAGGCGAGCACGGCAGCACCUUUGGCGGCAACCCCUUGGCGUCAGCAGUGGCGCUGGCGGCGCUGGAGGCCAUUCAUGAGGGCGGGCUGGCGGACAGGGCUGAGCGGCUGGGGCAGCAGCUGCAGGAGCAGCUGCGGGGCGUGCAGGCAGCGUUCCCCCAGAUGAUCCACGAGGUGCGGGGGCGCGGGCUGCUGGUGGCCGUGCAGAUGGCGGAAGGGGGCCUGCCCGGGGGCGUGACGGCGCUGGACGUGUGUGUGGCGAUGAAGGAGAGGGGCGUGCUGGCCAAGCCCACACACAACACCAUCAUCCGCCUCGCGCCGCCCCUCACCAUCCAGGAGGAGGACCUGUCCCAGGCGGCGGCAGCGCUGCAGGCGGUGCUGGGGGAGGACAUGCCGCGCCUCGUGGCGCAGGCUGCUGCCAGCGGUGCCCACAAGCGGGCGGGCAGCAAGGACCCGUGCGACCGCUGUGGCCGCGUGCGGAAGGGGGAAGGCAUGGCCGGCACGUAGAUGGGGAUGGUGCUGUGCUGUGAUGGGCUGGUGUGGUGGACGUGAUAUGCUGAUAAGCUACGUGGUGGCACGCCUGUUGCCAUCAAUUUUGACGUCGUGUGUUUAUCCAGCGAGGGUUCCUAGGCACAGGUUUCCUUGUGUCAGAGCAUGGCAUGGCAGCAUCACGCUCCGGGUAUCUGGAAGUACACUUGAGCGUGGCAUGGCAAUACAUGGCAAUACUUGCAUGAGCUAUCAGAGUCAGAACCAUACCUGGCUAUAGCUGCACCUCUAACGAGAAACAAUCACGAGCAUUAU